AUGGGCCUCUUUCAUAAGAAGGAUUCUCGCUCGCACGACUCUCGCAACGACAAAGCUGCCAUACGCCCCAGUGUCACCAUCGAUAAGCUGUCCGAGUAUUCCAUCAGAUCGCCCAAGCUCGUCAGCGACAGCGGCAGCAACGGCCACCUGCCCAGGAUGGUCACCACCAUCCCCAAUAAUGUCGAGAUUCCUCCCGCUCCAGAUCCAGCCACCAAACCCGCCGCCUACCUUCGGAGUAUCCAGUCUGUGCGGGAGCGUUCGCGGCUUGUCUUGAUGAGGGCAAAGUCGAAUUCGCUGAACCACUUCAACGUUGACAUGUCCAAGUUCCAGGAGACGGCCGACUAUGUGAUGUCCAUUAUCAAACGAGACUACGCCGGGGACUAUGCAAACAUCCCCCCUCAUGGCAGAUGGCAGCAUUUCGAAGUUGGUGGUCGACCUCGCGUGACCCAACUGCUCCAGUCUUGGCCAACCACAAUCGAUAACCAGGAGCGAACACGACGACUGAUCGACCUCUUCCUCGUCUCCGUUCUUUUGGAUGCCGGUGCUGGAACUUCCUGGUCCUACAAGUCUAAAGAAUCUGGCAGGAUGUAUUCGAGAAGUGAAGGCUUGGCUGUUGCAAGCUUGGAGAUGUUCAAAGCCGGCUAUUUCAGCAGCGACAAGAAUCAACCCCACCAGGUAGACGCGUCGGGGCUGAAGAAUGUCACCGUGGAAACCCUGGCCAAGGGCAUGCAAGUGUCGGAUGCUAACCCCAUGUCUGGCCUCGAGGGCCGAGCCGGCUUGUUGAUACGCCUGUCGUCUGCACUACAGAACCCCGAGCUCUUUGGCACGGAGGGCAGGCCGGGGAACAUGAUUGAUUAUCUAAUGUCUCACCCGACAACUCAAGCCGCUUCCGUGCCUGUCGUGCCGCUGCCGACCCUCUGGUCCGUCCUCAUGGACGGGCUUACCGACAUCUGGCCCGCUACCCGUACCAAGAUCGGAGGUGUGUCCCUCGGCGACGCCUGGAACUGCACGACCAUGCCCACCUCGCCUCCAGCAGAAGCUUGGGAGAACAUCGUACCAUUCCACAAACUCACGCAGUGGCUUUGCUAUUCCUUAAUGGUGCCCAUGACCAAACUGCUCAAUGUACAUUUCGCGGGCGCCGAGCUCAUGACCGGCCUUCCUGAAUACCGUAACGGCGGUCUGCUGGUCGACACCGGACUACUCACCCUCAAAGACGCCGAUGCCAAGAAAGGUCUCGAGACCUACCAGCGUGUCACCCCGUCCAACAAGGCCGUGGAAGUGGUGCCCAUGUUCGAGCCAGGCGACGAUGUCGUGGUGGAAUUGCGAGCCGUCACCGUUGGUUUCCUGGACGAGCUUCUUGCCGCGGUCAACAAGGGCCUCGGAGCCCGGCUGACGCUGGCCCAGAUGUUGGAAGCUGGCACCUGGAAGAGUGGUCGCGAAAUCGCCCAGGUAUCACGACCCAUCACCAAGGGGCCGCCCAUUGGCAUCAUCAGCGACGGUACAGUAUUUUGA